UCCACCAACUAAGAUCAUCAUCUUCUUGGCACUGACACAACUCAUCAAGCUUAUAUAAACUCAAGAACUGUAAUAAAGAAAGUCUCUGUCUUUGUCUUGGUUUUGUUAAAGAAUUUCAAGAAAUGGGUUUUCAAGAUUCCUCACUUGUUAUGUUACAGACUUCAUUUUUGCCCAUACAAAAAUGUGGUAAAGACACCCAAUUUGUGUUUCAAAGGAAUCCAAGAAAGGUUUCAUCUUACAUUGUUAAGGCUACUAUAAGUUCAUUACAGGACAAGAACAAUGAUUAUGGUACCAAAUUAGUGACCUUUUUGGGUAAAGGUGGCUCUGGCAAGACCACUUCUGCUGUUCUUGCAGCUCAGCAUUAUGCAAUGGCCGGGUUCAAAACACACCUAGUGAUACAUUCUCAAGAUCCUACUGCCGAAUAUCUAUUAAACUGUAAGAUUGGAACAUCUCCUAUCACAAUCAACAAUAAUCUUUCUGCAGUCAGACUGGAAACUACGAAAAUGCUCCUAGAACCUCUUCGUCGACUAAAAGAAGCUGAUGCACGCCUUAAUAUGACCCAAGGAGUUCUGGAAGGGGUGGUUAGUGAAGAGCUUGGUGUUCUUCCUGGAAUGGACUCGAUCUUUUCAGCAUCAGCCCUUGAGAGUUUUGUGGGAUUUCUUGGUGAUGUACCUCAAAAGAGCAACCAAAAAGAUGUGUUUGACAUAAUUAUAUAUGAUGGCUUGAACACUGAAGAAACAAUACGGAUGAUAGGUGCAGCCAGCAAAACUAGAUUAUAUUUGAAGUAUCUGCGUGAUCUUGCUGAGAAAACUGAUCUAGGAAGAUUGGCUGGACCCUCUCUCUUGAGACUGGUGGAGGAAUCUGUGAGCAUAAGCAGUAGAAGACCUCGUUUCACCGGCAAGAUGAGUUCAGAAGUAUGGGACGACUUGGGACAGACACUGGAGCGAGUGUCCUCUGUGUUCGCAGAUCCACAUCGUUUUGCCAGCUACCUUGUGAUGGAUCCAAAUAAUCCUGCAUCUUUAAAUUCUGCAUUGCGCUACUGGGGAUGUGCAAUUCAAGCUGGUGCACAGGUUUCAGGGGCACUUAGUUCUGUGUCUCCCAGCUAUUGUGUAGAAUCAGUAGAGUCGAUUAAGAAAACUUUUUCACCCUUGCCUUUUGCUUAUGCUCCAAAUUUGUCAGUGAAUGUCCCUCUAGAUUGGAAUGAGAUCAUUCAUGGCCAUUUAAGUGAAGAUUUACGAAGUCUACUUACAGCAAGUGGCAGUAGUUGUGUAACUCCUUCAAUCAAAUUUGAUCCAACCAACAAAACUGUCACUCUUCUCAUGCCAGGAUUUGACAAGUCAGAAAUCAAGUUGUACCAAUUCAGAGGAGGAUCCGAGUUGUUGGUAGAAGCAGGAGAUCAGAGACGUGUUAUUCGUUUGCCAUCUCAAAUUCAAGGGAAGGUUGGAGGUGCUAAGUUCAUUGACAGAAAUAUUAUCAUCACAAUCCGGUAGUGUUUAGCUAUUUUCUGCUAUGACUGUUCGAAUGUUGCAUGUAGUGCUAGCCUGAUGUUGGCCCUCAUGUCCUGAAGUGAUCUCUUCAUGAGUACAAUGGAGGAAUUUCAUCUUGAAAAGAGGUCAGAGAUAUACACAGCUUUACUAUCGAAAAUGUAGCAUAAACAACAUCUAUGUACUAUGUAUUUGAGACUUAAAAUUUUGAAAAGAAUAUAUAGACCCUCCUCGUCUGCUUACCAUAA